AUGGCUAAAAGAGAGUGGUUAAAGGGAAUGGAUAACACUAACCCCAGCACCGAGGGAGAAAAGCCUGAGAGCCAAGAGAGACUGGAUGAAACAUUUCCGGCCUUAUCAAGUAGAUAUUCUAAACUCAGAGGAGGGGUCUCGAAGCAGCCAGAACAAUACUACGUCCGUGUGGGUACGGAGAAUCCAGACGGCGUAGAGACAAGCAUACUCCUUGCAAAACUGAUCCACUCUCUCCAGAUAGAAAGAGGAGCCACGGUGCUUUGUAUCAGUUCCCCUAACAGCUCAUCCGUUGGUAAUGAUCUGCUCAAAGCCCGCUUGAAUACAGACAAAAACAUCAAGAGCAUCAUUAACUGGUCAGAGGGUCAGCAAUCUUUGCAAAGUCGAGAAGUAUUCAUACGAGAUGUGACCGAUUUUAGAAGUAGAGGAGAAGUAGGGAAUUGCGUGUUCAAAAUGACCAUUCAAGAUGCGCUGAAUUUCUAUACGGGAUUGAUCGACACAAUGAUUGAAUGGCUUAUUGUUACCAUUAAAAACAACAAAGGAGAGAGUACGUUAUUGCAGUUGCUAGGAUAUCGGAUGUUCCUUAUUGCUAAGGAAAAGACAGGUCUAGAGAGGAAGAUGGGCGGGUCGUACUUCUCCCGCGGGUACUUCAAUAAGACAGAGGAGCUGAUCCUUUAUUCUGAGCAUAACCAUGUGCUAAUACAAGAUUCUCUCGAUAGCAUUGACGGCAGUGAAAAAAAUCUCAUCAUACGUGCGGUUACCCUGUGUGUGGUAAUAGUGCUAAUCUCAGUCCUCUGUGUCACGGUCGUGCGCAUGACCAAAACCAUUGAAACGUACAGCUUGAACAGGUCCCGCACUGAUGAGCUUUUAUCCGCGAUGUUUCCGCGCACCGUGGCAGAGACUUUGAAACUCGGUAAGAAAGUACCCUCUGAGUAUUUUGACAACGUUACCGUCUUCUUCUGCGAUAUCGUUAACUUCACCAACAUGUGCGCCAUGAUGUCGUCCAUGUCAGUUAUCCAGAUGUUGAACGAUGUAUACAGCAUAUAUGACAAUCAUAUUGACAAGUACGACGUCUACAAGGUAGAAACGAUUUGAGACGCCUACAUGGUGGUCAGCGGGCUUCCACUGCGAAAUGGGACCAAGCACGCGGACGAGAUUGGACUUUGUGUGGCGGGCGUGGUGGGGUACAAAAUGCCUCGGUACUGAUUAUUUGGGGACACCGUCAACACAGCUUCAAGAAUGGAAUCCACCGGGAUGCCUCAAAAAGUUCACAUCUGCGAAAGCACUUACGAUUUGCUGACACAAUGCAACAACUUUAAUAUGGUAUUUCGCGAUACAAUCGAAGUGAAGGGAAAGGGUCUAAUGAAGACUUACUGGUUAUUGAGUCGCAUCGUCGCAAGUGACAUCAAAGAUAAUUUAUCAGGAACACAGAACCAUGGUUUUGCUCAAGAACUUGGAUUGGAUUAA